GAGGAGCUGUGAAACGUUGCUACAGGCAGUUCGUUCCUGUGCUGGUGGCAACGUUUUCGACCUCGCCAAAAUCAAAUGGGACCUGAAAAAUACAGCAACUCCGACGCUUUCGGACAUUUAGUAUAGCCAAAAGUUUAUUACAAUGGGAAGCUGGAAGAAUCACGUUCGUGCUCGACUGCAACAGAGAGACCAAACUGAGAAAGUCCCAUACGCUGGCGUUUUCACAAGCUUGUCUCAGUUGGAGGAACGUUUUGAAGUUCGCAAACAAAUUUUGGAUGAAGUUGAGUUGAAGAGUUUAGAACUAGGUGGGGUUGAAGUUGAGAAAAACACCAGUCUCCUUCAACUCCAACUGAGAGAGAGUGAACAUCUGUCAGAAAAGCUGUCUCAGACUGUCUCGGACCUGACCACCGUCCUGUAUCUGAAAGAGGCUGAACUGCAGUACUGGCAGUCACGUGUGUCCCAAUACCAUCGAGAGGCUCUUACUCUGGCUAAAGAGAGCAAAACCCUGAAGGCGACCCUUUCAGAAUAUGAGUUCACCGCAGAGUGUCAAUCCAAAGAGUUGGCAGCCGUGCGUUCGGCGCAGAAAGGACUAAAGGAAGAGUUGGCACAGGCUUGGAGAGAGAAAGAAGAACUCUUACAACGAUGGAUGGAGGAGAAGAGGGAGGAGGCAGACAGGUUGAAUAAGUACAACGACACACAGGAAAGGUGGCAACGUUUGGCCAAACAGCUGAAGAAGCACCUCCAUAGGGAAAUGAGAAAAGAGCAUGUCCCCAUAGUGACGAGCUCUUGGAGUGGUACAACAGAAACGUGUCCAUCAGUCAUUCAGAGACCCUCGCAUCUAAUUGUGCAGAAGGAAUGGAUGGCACCCUCUUCAGCUGUGUGUUCAGUGUAACCUAAAACAUGUAAUUCAACCUUUUUGUCGCGCUCAUCUUGUCCUCAGGGAUCAAUAAUACAACAGAUAUACACCGGGCUCUCUUGGACCACAACCAUGUCUCAGCUGUGUCAAAAGUGUAAUAUUCCCAUGGGAUCCUGCAGAUGACAGUUCUAAGCUCAAGGAUUACCCCUCUGGUUCCCCCAGUGCUUGUAGUUAUAAAAUGAAUUGCCCAUAUGAGAUGUCAGAACAAUGACCAUGGAGUUGACCCCCCCCCCCCCCCUUGCAACUUUAAGUGUUAUGACAAAUGGUUUAACUGUAUAUGUUUGUUAAUGCUCCUAAAAAUGUAUUUAUAUUAUAGGCUCUAAAUAUAUUGUUUAAUUUAUACUUUGCUAGAGUUCCUAACUGUAUGUUUGCUGCUUUAACUAAAAUCACCCCUUUUUUCCCAAGAAAUGUCAAGUACACUACAGUUAACCUAUCACAUGUGCACUUUGUUCUAAUUUGACAAUUUAGAACAACCUCUGCUCAUCUAGUUCAUAUCAUUUAAAUUGCAAAGGCUGGUGUUGUUGCUGGCUUAGUUAUAGUGACUAUUUCAACUUUUAACUCUUGUUUAUUUGCAAACUUCCUCAGUUAAAAAAAUAUUUGAAAAUAAUUGAAUAACCUCGUAUAAUAAUAACCUUACUUUUAAACUCUAUUUUAAAAUUACUUUUGAAUAAUUAACAUUUCUUAUUAAAAUAUAAAAACCGAAUUCUAUCCCAGAUGUUGUGUUGUAAGUAUGUAGUGUUGUUUUUCUAUUUCAAGUGUUUAAAAAAAUAAAGUCACUUAUACUCUAAUUUUGUUUGUUUUUAAGUGAACUGCCUCUCUGUCACUUUGUCAUCCAUCAGAGAAACUGUUCCUGAUUGAAAACAAAGUUAUGUAUGUUAUGUUAAUUCUUGACCACACUCAUUGCAGUCAUUUUGGCUUCUGAGGUCCUGAACAAACAAACAAACUGGGUAAAAGACAGGAAAAUUCCACAUCGUACAUUUAAAUAAUUCAUUUGCUGUAUUUUAAUAUUACAGUCACAGUUAUCAUGUCAUGAAUAUUUUUUUUCUUUUCCUGUCGGAAUUCCAGUUCCACAUCUCCAUGGCAAAUUGAGAUCACAUUUCAGGUUGUUUGUUUGCUGCACGUUUCCAUAGUCACCAGUGUUUGCAUUAGUUGUUAACUUGGACUGUGUGUGGUGUACUCAGUGGACUUGGACUAUUAAAAUGGUAAAAG